UCUUCAGAUUUCAAAUAACCCUUUUGUUUUAAUAUUAUCAUAUAAUCAAAGGUCACCGCAUCUUAAUCUCUGAAGAAACACAAUCCUUUCUAGUUAACAUUCAAUAUUUUAGGGAGGAAGUUUAAUAUGCAGGCCAUCUUGGAAAUAUUUGAGCGAGGUUAUUCAAAAUGGCGGCCACAGUCGACUUCAAUGGAAGAUUGUUAUGUCUUAACUUAAAAGACCAAGGGUUUCUCAAGAAAUUUUCUGCAGGAUAUUAUAAAUGGAUGAACAAAAGAUCCCCACUUCGAGCCACGAGAGUGGAGAGCUGGUUUUAGAGAACGAAAACAAAGUUUUGAAGCCACCUCCUCGAAGGAAGAAAUCAUUAAGGAAGAAUAAAAUGGAUGCAGACAACGCUCGUAGAAUUACUGCAUCUCACUCUGCAAAAGCUGAAAAUGAGCAGUCACAGACUUCAUUAGACGAUAAAAUGGUAAAAGAAGAACCGUUUUCUGUAAAUGUCAAUAAUAAUAACAGAAAUCCAGCUAAUUUAGGGAAUAAUUUGGACGAGGUUGGCAACCAAUGCUUGCAAAUUCCUGCACGACAGCCUUCAAAUGGUUCCAAAACUGAAAGCAAAAUUUCCAAAUCUCCAACUCAAAAUAAAAGUAAUAAUGAAUGUAAGGAAUCGAAAGCUGGAGAAACGCCAGAGUAUUUUUCUGGAUGCACAAUUGCGACGAAAGAGGACGAGGUUUCGAAAAUGCAAAAGCGAAAUAUGAAGGAUAAUAUUAAUGAAGACGAGGCAGAUGCUGGACAAGAUAUUGAGAUGGGGAAUAGAAAUGGUUCCUUAAAACCCAAGGCUAAAAAUACCGAAACACAUAAUACAGGAAAAGCAAGGGUAAUUCACGAUGGUAAUAAUGGAAUCAAGGAUCCUUCAAGUAGCGAUCAAACGACGAAUAAAGCUGUUGUUGUGAGUGAAAAUUUUGAAAGUUUUUGCCUGGUUGAAAAUGUUGCAAACCCUGGUGAAAAUGGAGCUCAAAAUGCAACCACAGUUGAUCAAGAUCCAAAAGAAAUAUUUCUUCGAAGAAAAGAAGAUUAUUCAAAAAGCUGUAGUGAUUCGGAAGCAAGGACUUCCGGGAUUCCAGCACAAACGUCUGAGAAGUUAACUAAUCCUAAUAUUGAUAAUUUAAAUUCCCAAAAUAACCGAUGUGUGAACACUUUGUCUUGUGAUGUUCAUAAGGAUUCUCUUCAUGAUCCAAGAAUUUUGCAUCAAGCUGACAGUAAUUUUUCUGGUGCUGAUAUGAAAGAUACAAUGCAUCAGCUUCAAAGAAAUGAUAACAAUAUGUUGUCAAAUGAUCCAGAACAAAAACUAAAGAAUUUAGAAACCAAUCAAAUGAAUGAUCAAAAUAAUACCAUACUGAACUUCCAAAAUCCUUUGUGUAGAGAAUACAAUCCCAUUAUAAAAGCGGAUAAUGAAAAAGUGUUAAGACAGAAAUGUACUGCUUUCUCAGAUAAUGAAGUUUUGAACCCAGACAGUUUAUCAUUGUCAAUGGAUUUGAGAAAAGAGAGCAAUGGAAAGAGUCAAGAUACUGAGAAAAUUGAAGAUGGGAAAGUUAUUAUUCCGUACCAAAACUUAGAGGACAACAACCAGGAUAAUACUUGCGAAGGGGAUUUGGGUGAUGACGAGGAGGUGUUCUCAUCUGAUACAGACAGUGAUACUUAUUAUUCUGAUUUUACGAGCUCUGAAGGGGAAUACAACAUGGAAGAUGCUGAGAAGUUGUGGUACAUUGAUGAUGGUGAGAAGGAGGGUAAUUAUCCUGUUUCCAAAGAAGUAGAACCGGAGUCCAUAAAGCAAAUUCUCUCUGCCUUCCAAGAUACAGAAACAGUAACAGUCACAGACGAUACUGACGGCGACAGUCACCAUGRAGAUGGUAGCCAUGGUGACGGUGGUCAUGGAAACGAAGCCAGCACAGGGUUGGAGCUCUCGGAAGACCGUGCCCAGUCCCUGAAACGCAAGAUAGGUAGUUUUAAAGUUGUCAAAGUCCUGGCGCCAGCUGUAGAUAUGGUGAAUGUUAAGGAGGCUUCUGUUGGCAUGGCAACUGAUCUCGUUGCUAUGGGAACAAAACCUGCCUUGGAUACCACAAAAACGGCAGAGAUGGCAAUCUUGGCUCUUCAUAAGGAACAUAAACAGAAGCAAGCGACACGGAAGGAACGAGAAAGAGAGAAAAGAAAAAUCCGAGAAGUUAUUAUUAGGGAAAAGACGAGGGAAAAACUUGAAAUAUCUCGGCCUCGUUCGAUUGUUGGAGAGCCUCGUACUCGCUCACGCAGCACUGGAGACCUAGAACAGGCAGGGAAACCAAAACCCCUAUUGAAAAAGCGACACUCAAUACCAGUUCGAGCGAGAAGCUUAAAACUUCGUCAAGUCUCCGAGUUAGAUUUCGACGAAAGGGCAGAAUCGGCUCUUUUUGAUGGCCACAAUACGUACCCACCAGGGGUACUGAAGGGAGGCCUUGUUUCAUCCUUGAGGCAUUUAGAAGAAUCAAGAGAAAGACGUGAUAGUGGUACUCCAUUAAUUAAACAGCCUAGCAUCAAACGAGAGAAUGUAUCCAAGCUUGUGGCAGAAGUGGAACCACAGGGUGGCCGCACGGCGGAAAGUGAAGAAUUAAUUCUCGAGCAACCAAGUAUUUCUUUACAAAAGGUCGAAAAUAUCGAAUCUGAGUCGCCUGGUCAAGCUGGUGAGACUACACCGCUUUAUCUACUAGAGCAGCGCCCAAACGCUGUAGAUAAUCUCACCGCCGUUAUACAAGUAGACAGGCUCUCUGAAGAGGAGGCUCCAAAUCUACGACGAACUUUGUCAACUGUUAGAGAGGAAAAUUCUAGUUUGCUGGAAAAUGCGAGUUCGUUUUCCAUCUCAAGUCGGGGGAGCUCCAUUUCUCAAGAUAAAGAAAGUCUAGCUGAAGAAGCCAGUUCAGUCGCAGUUGGAAGCGAUACGUCAUCAAAUAGCAACUUGGAAACCAUUGACUCUGAAAACACACCAGAUGAUACUGUAAAGAAAGUGAAAAAAUGGGAAUUGAAAAAUGAAAACUGGGGAGACGAGAACUCACUAGCCAGUUCUGAAGGGAUUGCCAUGACAACCCCAAUCUCCACUCAAGACGAUAUUUCUAAACAAGAUCAUCUACUGUCACAAUCAGCUCCGACGACUUUGACCAGUAUUUCUAAAACGCCUUUGAGCGACGGCCAUAAUAAGGAGUCGUAUACAUCAUUGGAUAGCGUACAACGCCGACAGAUGAAUAUUACAAGAGCAAAACGAAAAUGGCUUUCCCAGAGUGCGGUGGUCACCAGUGGCUUACCCCAGAGUCCAACAGAAGUAAAAUUAACAAGUUUUAGGAAGAACGGUGAAUUGGAUUUACCAGACUCUGGUGCCUCGGAUCAUCCGAGGUCAAAAUCUCCUGGUGAGGAGAAAAGUCAUAUUAAAGAGAAUGCAAAACAGGUGAAUUUUGGUGUAGCUCAUGACGUCACUCGAGGAGAUGCCACGCCGAAGAGGCCACCUAGGAAAGGAAAACUUAGUUCUUCUGCGAGCUUCGCUUCUCCAAGAACCACACGUGAAACCAAAAAGAAACCAAGGCGUGACAACGUCAAAGAAAGACGUGAGGGAGGCUCUAGGUGGCAAACUUUAUCAGGAGCAAUUGAUUCUGAUUGGUUGGCUCGUCUGAGUUCUGCGAAUAAACUUCCUACUGAACAAAUGAGUGAUGAAAUAAUAACCUUAGUAACAGACGCCCUACCUGCGAGCUUCCCAGCCUUUCCUACUGACAAAAGAGCUCAAAUAGCCCUGGAAUUGUACACCACUGAAAGAACUUAUGUGAGAGGCUUGGAGAUUGUUAUUGAGCUGUUCAAGAACCAGCUGGAGGAGUACUUGGAACCAAAAGAGAAAGUGACAAUGUUUUCAAAUAUAGAUGAGAUAUUCAAGGUGAACAAGGAUAUUCUUUUCUCGCUAUGUGAGAAAGUGAAUCACUGGAAGGAUACCCAAGUGAUAGGAGAUGUCUUUGUUGAUAAUGGUGAUCGAUUCAAAAUCUACGCCACGUACUGCAACAACUACGAUGCAGCAGAAAAUCUGAUUAAGCAGAAAAUCAAGAAAAAGAAAGAAUUCGAUGAUUUUCUGGAGGAUCUGAUCAAAUGUACACCGGCCAAUCAUCCUGAUGCUCGACCAAUAAAAGAAGGACUUCGUAAAAUGAACAACAUUGCUGAGUACAUCAACAACCAACUGCAAGCCGUCCAAGGACAGCGAGCAAUGACAGAACUAAGAUCCAGAGUAAUUGGAAUCAAGGCUUUUGAGACGGCUGGCAAAUCGCUCAUCAAAGAAGGAGAGGUCUACAUCAUGAGCACGAAGCGAACGUACAAGUGUCUUCUCUUCAAUGACAUGGUAGUCUUUGCGGCCAAGAAUGUCAACAAACGCAGUGAGGUCGAGCUUACGUUAGAACUAGAAUCUGUCUGGGUGGCUGACCUAGAGGAUAACGAUCCACAAACCAGCAAAGAAGAUGCCAUCGAGCUGUACACCCCGGAGCGAUCCUAUACGAUGUACACAGGAACAAGGAACGAGAAGAAACACUGGUUACAGAAACUAAGAACCGCCAUUGCUAUCCGCCUGCAUGGAGAGAUGGCUACAGACAGCAGUGAAAUAGAGCACCGGAAGUCAGCGUUCACAUAUAAGGAUGGCAGAAUCUAUUGUGGAACAUUUGUUGACGCAAAGCGACACGGGCACGGUGUUGUAGCAUGGCAGAACAGAACUCGAUACGUUGGGAACUUCGAAGACGAUGAGCGCAAUGGUAUCGGUGAACUGACGUACAGCACGGGCGAGAAGUACAACGGUGAAUGGCUCGAUGAUAAACAGCAUGGAGUUGGCACUCUUACUUAUCCCAAUAACGAUAUCUAUACCGGAGAGUGGCAGAGAGGGAAAAUGAACGGAAAGGGAUUGAUUAACUUCAGCAAUGAGGAUGUUCUUGAUGGAGAGUUCGUCGAUAAUGAAGUGUGCGGUAUCGCGAGAUUGAACUGUGUUAAUGGAUUGACUUAUGAAGGGACAUGGAAAAACAGUAAGAAACAUGGAAAAGGAAGAUUGAUUAAACCUAAUGGAGAUACUUAUGAAGGUGACUUUUCCAAUGAUCGCAUGAUGGGUUUUGGGACAAUGACGUAUGCAAGCAAUAAAGCAACGUAUGAAGGACAAUGGGAGAACAACCAGCGUCAUGGUACAGGAGUCUACACGGCACCGGAUGGCACACGAUAUGAAGGAGAAUGGAGAUGUGACCACAUGUCGGGGCGGGGGAAAAUGUUGUAUCCGAAUGGAGAGAGGUACGAAGGAUCCUGGUACCGAGAUAUGCGUUUCGGCAAAGGCAUCCUCCGUUGCCAGGAAGGAGUCUACGAAGGAAAAUUCGAGUACAAUGUUCGCCAUGGUAUUGGUUCAUUGCGCUACAGUGACAAUUCUGAAUAUGAGGGGGAAUGGCAACAUGACCAGCGUCAUGGCCAGGGAAAGAUGAUCUAUGCAGAUUCUAGUGUCUAUGAAGGAAAUUGGAUGCUUGGGUUACGUAAUGGGCGUGGCAAGAUGACCUUCUCAAAUGGAGCAACGUACGAGGGAAACUGGGACCUAGGCAGUGAGCACGGGCCUGAUGGCGUCUUCAUUGACGCUGCCAACAGCUACAGCUAUGAAGGUGGAUGGGAGUAUGGCUGUAAGCAAGGACAGGGAGUCGAGAGAACAAGUACAGGAACAUAUGAAGGAGACUUCAAAGCAAACAUGCGCCAUGGAAAAGGAGUUGAGACCCUAUUGGGUGGCAUAGUAUAUGAAGGGCACUGGAGAGACAAUAGAAAAGUUGGUGAAGUAAUACGAAGAAAAAGAUGGGGAGAAACUGAGACGACUACGGAAAUACAGUAUUGGAAGGAAGGACAGUUACUAAACAAAGAUGAAACCAUAGCACCCGAUCUGCCUUUUAUCCAAAGGAUCACCAACAAAUAAACACUCAUUGGCUACGAACACUCCUUCAAAGAUGCAAUAUCAACAUGCAAAACGUUGUUCUCUAUUGCCGAAUGAAUUCGUUGAUCCUAAACAGAUAAGUCAACCUUAAUGAUCGAAAAAGUUUGUCGGUCACAAAAAUCCUGGGCUCCUGAAUUUCAUUUGAAAUUUGAGAGUCAAUUUUUAAAAUUAUUUUCUAAGAAAAUUGUAAAUUUCUUUUUUACACUACUUUCUUUAAGAAUGGUAGAGUACUACGAAUAUGUUUCCAUUAAAUGCUUUAUGUAAUGUUUUUCAACUGAAAUAUUAAGGAUAUCGACGUAUUCAGUUUAGGCAUGGCUGAAAAGCAUUCCUAGUAAAGAAAGUAGUGAUACUCAAGGGAAUGACACAUGGUCUGAAAUGGAAAACAUUGUACCAUAGUUGAAAAGCAUUCCUAGUAAAAAAGUAAUAAUACUCAAGGGACACAUGGUCUGAAAUGGCAAAACAUUGUACCAUAGCUGAACAGCAUUUCUAGUAAAGAAAGAAAUAAUUCUCAAGGGAAUAACAUGGUCUGAAAUGGGAAAACAUUGCACCAUAGCUGAUAUAAUUCCUAGUAAAGAAAGAAAUAAUACUCAAGGGAAUGACACAUGGUCUGAAAUGGGAAAAAAACAUUGCAAGAUUGCUGAUAUAAUUCCUAGUAAAGAAAGAAAUAAUACUAAAGGAAAUGACACGUGAUCUGAAAGUGAAGGGAUCUUUUCUCACAUACCGGUGUAAUUAUUUUUAUUUUAUAUCGUACCUAAGAAUGAAUAAUAUUUUUGAAGGGGUUUGUUUAGAAGAUCAGUUACAGUUGCAUAUCGACAAUUAUUUAACGGCAAUUAGCUAGCAUCACCAAAUCAUUAAAUGAUUAAUAUAUACAAACAGGUCAUAAUGUGUAAUUAUAUUACAUAGACUGAUACAUGUGUUUAUAAAGCUGUAAAAACUGUAGAAAAUAAAUGAUUGUUAACUGAUGACAAA